UCAACCUUACUAGGUCCCUUCAUAACCAUUCUUGCAUACUAAGGCACAAAGAAGAGCAAGGUUGCACGUUGCAGUGACAUAAUACACGCAACAAAAAUAUGGUAAAUCCUGAUCCUUCCCCUAUCAGCUUCUGUACUCAAGCAAACGCACUUCUCAGGAAGAAUUUAACUUUCCAGAAACGGAACCUGAAGACAAACAUUCGGUUGAUUCUGUUCCCUAUGAUCUUUUGCAUUUUGCUGGUUCUACUUCAAAGUAUAAUGGACACUUUAUUGGAUAAACCCAAAUACAAAUGUGGCUGCAUCUGUGCCAACAAUAAUAAAAUAAAAUGUGACGACUCAGAGAAGGUUUGUGGGAUUCAGUAUUCUGAUCAGACUCAAGUUGUAACCUGUGCUAUUCCUAAUCCACCUGAAUGGCCUCCUCUCUUGCAACUUCCCGCUCUCUCAUGCAAUACAACUGCCUCCUGUUAUUUUACCAUGCUCUUUACUGCCAACAAUCACUCCUUUGGACAAAGUGUGUCUAAAAAUAUGUUCCCAAGUGCGUUAACUAUGAAUGACUAUGAUAUCAUGGCGAGUUUGGCACCAAAUGUGCUGGGAUCUGGAACAAAGCCUACGGAUAACAAUUUUCAUGAAACUGCUUUUACUCCGGAGUAUCCCAUUUUUAAUCUACAAACUCAGUGCCCUCAAAACAACUCUGGAUUCUUAUUUCCCUACCAAAUAGCAGGCACUACUGCGCAACAAGAAAUCAAAUGUGCUCGAGGUAUAUAUUCAUGGCGUAACAGUUCUUCUGAUAUCAACAAAGAGUUAUAUCAAACUUAUCAAAGAGGUAACCCAAAACGACGGAUCAAUAACAUAGUUUCAGUUUUCGAUUUUCUCAAUUCAAAUGAGGAUGGAUUCAAUGUCACUGUACGGUUCAACGCAACAACCAAGGGUGCCGAUAUUAAUCAUCUUAAUGCAAUGUUGCGGAUUCCCCGUUCCGUAAAUAUGAUAUCAAAUGCUUACCUGCAGUUUCUGCUUGGACCCAGCACCAAAAUCUUAUUUGAGUUUGUAAAGGAAAUGCCUAAGUCUGAGACCCCAAUUAGGAUUGAGAUAGCUACUCUCCUGGGCAGUCUGUUCUUUACAUGGGUUGUCCUGCAACUUUUUCCAGUUGUUUUGACAUCACUGGUUUAUGAGAAGCAACAAAAAUUAAGAAUCAUGAUGAAAAUGCAUGGUCUUGGUGAUGGGCCAUAUUGGAUGAUUACAUAUGGUUAUUUUCUUGCCUUAUCAGCGAUAUACAUGUUGUGUUUUGUGAUAUUCGGCUCAGUCUUGGGAUUAAAAUUCUUCACCUUGAAUGACUACAGCAUCCAAUUUGUGUUCUAUUUCAUCUAUAUAAACUUACAAAUUUCAACGGCAUUUCUGCUGUCUUCCUUUUUUGCAAAUGUUAGGACCGCUACAGUAACCGCAUAUAUAGGUGUCUUUGGAACUGGGCUAUUAGGCGGCUUUCUUUUCCAAUUUUUUGUGCAAGAAACAUCAUUUCCAAGAGGCUGGAUCAUUUGUAUGGAAUUGUAUCCUGGGUUUGCUUUAUAUCGUGGGUUGUAUGAGUUUGCACAGUUUUCCUCCAGUCUCAGUAAUUUAAGGACUGAUGGUAUGCGGUGGAAGGAUCUGAGUGAUGGCGUCAAUGGCAUGAAAGAAGUCUUAAUUAUCAUGUCUGCUGAGUGGAUAGUAGUGCUUUUAGUUGCUUAUUACAUCGACCAAGUAUUGUCAACAGGAAGUGGGAAAGGUCCUCUAUUCUUCUUGAAAGGAUUUCAGAUAAAACUACUUCCAUCAUUGAAAAAGCCCAGUAUUCAAAGGCAAGGGUCAAAAGUUUUUGCUCAGAUGGAGAAACCUGAUGUCAUCCAAGAGAGGGAGAAGGUGAAGCAGCUGCUGCAUGAACCAACCAUUAAUCAUGCAAUUGUUUGUGACAACAUAAAAAAAUUCUAUCCAGGAAGGGAUGGAAAUCCAGGGAAAUUUGCAGUGAGAGGAUUGUUCCUUGCUGUUCCUCGAGGGGAAUGCUUCGGUAUGCUUGGUCCUAAUGGUGCUGGGAAGACUUCUUUUAUCAGUAUGAUGAUUGGUCUCACAAAGCCAGCAUCUGGCGCGGCAUAUGUUCAAGGCCUGGACAUUGGAACUCAUAUGAACGGAAUAUAUACUAGCAUGGGAGUAUGCCCACAGCACGACUUGCUGUGGGAAAGCUUGACAGGUAGAGAGCACCUACUUUUUUAUGGAAGACUUAAAAACCUUACAGGUUCAAUCUUGACUCAAGCAGUAGAAGAAUCUUUGAAGAGUUUGAACCUUUACCAUGGAGGGAUUGCUGAUAAACAAGCUGGAAAAUACAGUGGAGGGAUGAAGAGGAGGCUUAGUGUUGCAAUUUCAUUGAUUGGGGACCCCAGAAUUGUUUAUUUGGAUGAGCCAAGUACUGGAUUAGACCCUGCUUCAAGGAAAUGGCUUUGGAAUGUUAUCAAGAUUGCGAAACUGGACCGUGCAAUCAUUUUGACUACACAUUCUAUGGAAGAGGCAGAUGCCUUAUGUGAUCGAUUAGGAAUAUUUGUAAAUGGUAGCUUGCAAUGCAUAGGAAAUCCAAAGGAGCUGAAAGGCAGAUAUGGAGGAACUUAUUUGUUCACAAUGACAACAUCUUCCGAUCACGAGAAGGAUGUCGAGAACAUUGUACAACGCCUCACCCCAAAUGCCAACAAGAUAUACCAUCUCUCUGGUACUCUGAAAUUUGAGCUGCCAAAAGAGGAUGUUAAAAUAGCAAAUGUAUUUCAAGCUGUUGAAGUUGCAAAAAGAAACUUCACCGUUAUUGCAUGGGGUUUAUCUGACACAACAUUGGAAGAUGUCUUCAUUAAGGUAGCACGUGAGGCUCAAGCAUUUGAUACAUUGCAAUAAUUUUCUGUCCCAUAAAGAUUAAUAUAUCGGUAUAGAGCACUGCUAUUUCUAACGAGAAAUAACAGUGCAAAACUUUCACACCAUAGGAUUUGCAUUUGGCGAAAAUAAUGGGUGGUGGGAUGAAAAAGUGAGACUUUGCUACUAUUUGAAUACAACUACUCGGGAUGCAUCUGCGAUUGAAGUUUUCACCAUAACCAGCUGCCAGCAUUACCGAUCGGAUAUAAUUGUAUUUUGAGUAGUGCUAUAUAAUGUGAAUUUAUCCUCACGAAAGCAUGCUAGUGUACACACACAUUGAAAUUGUUUUUUUAAGGCAAUGCUAUGUACUCACAAACCCACGAUUAAUUAUGGGUUAUUUUUUAAUUAAAAGGUGAAUUCUAGGAUGAAAGUUCAAUUAAGUCCCUCAACAAUGAGCCAUCAUAAACAAUAAUUGAGAGCCAUUAGAUCAAUCAAGCUCACACAUUCUAUUA